AGAACAAAUUUUUGAUGUCUGAUUUUUUUUUGCCCCUUUAAUUUUUGGUAUUGGAAUAUACAUUAUAUUGAGGGAAGAUGAUCAGUGAGUCAAAAAGAGAACAGUUGUGUGUGGAAUAUAUGCUUGUUUGUGCCAGUUAUGAUUUUUUCUACUCUGUUUUCCUUAUUUCUUGGGUUUCAGUUUCCUGAAUAUUAGAUGUUACCAGCCCAAUCCAAUCCAAAUUGGAAGGUUUCGGUGUGUGAGGAUUAAGCUUCUGGAUCAUCAAUCAUGGAGGGUCCUUAUGAAGCAUCCAGCAAUGGGGAAGCAGCAAAAUCCAAUCUUCAAAUCAUUAGAUAUUCACCAUUCAAACCCUGGACCAAAUUCGUAUCGCCUUGGUUUGAUCUGAGAGUCUUUUAUGUCAGGAUCAGUAAUUUUCAGGUCGAUGAUUCGACCCCGCAGUUUCUCACUCUCAACCAUAUUCCUCUAAGUCCUGAUACUCUAUUGGAAAUUAAUGGUUCUCGAACUAGCAUGUAUUCUGAUGGUGUUGCUUCGCUUCUUAGGAGAGAUCGAGUGGAUAGAAAAUCAGAAGAAGCUACAUUUGUUAGCACAGACAGUAUCCGAAGUACUGGGAGUGUGGAAUUUGAGGUAUUUGAUGGAAAGGAUCUUGUUCUAUCCGGGGUCUUGGAAAUGUCCAGUAGUAAUGGUUUCACCGGGGAAUCAAAAAGCAGUGUAAAACGGUGGAGGAUGAACUGUGACUCCCAUAUAACCAUUGGCACUGGCUUCUUAAAAGGAAAAUACAAUGGUGGUUCGGAGUUACCACCACCAACCAUUGAGGUUUAUGUUACAGGUUCCUUCUCGGGGACACCUAUCAUAUUAACCAAGACUUUGCAACUCACUUACCGCAAGAAGCACAAUAGGAAGGGCAUGUUGGACUCAAUUCCUGAGUAUGAGACCGCUGAAUCCACAAAAAAUGCAUCACCAGACCAUGAUUUGCAGGUAGUUGACUACAGAAGUUACAAGUUAGAAAAUGAAGAAGAUUAUAGUAACAUGUACUGGAGGAGAAAUGAAUACAUGGACGGUGAAGAUGGUGAACUUUCAUGGUUUAAUGCUGGUGUGAGGGUUGGUGUGGGGCUUGGGCUUGGCAUUUGUCUUGGGAUCGGUGUAGGGGUUGGUUUGCUGGUUCGCACUUACAAAGCAACAACGCAUAACUUCAAAAGACGGCUUGUGUGAUUCAUUUUCUCUGAGUUGCUAUCCCUCAUUCCCUCAAUAUCCAAAUGCUGCUAACUUGAUCAUGUUCAUAAGAUGGCUCUUUUGACCGCAAGAUUUUGACUGUGACUUGUGUGUGUAGCUAACAGUCGUUUCCCACUCUGAUGUGUCUGGUAUUGUUUAGAGAGUAUAACAGAUAAUUAGUUCCUGAAAAGGGUAAGGGAUGACAGUCGAUUACAUUGAUGUAAGGUAAUAUACAUGUGUAAGAUUGCAUGGCUUGUAUUUCUAUGUUAAUAAAAUCUGUUUUUGAGAA